AUGGCUGGGCUGUUCGACCAAAACCCAUGCACACAAGUUCACGUAAAAGUAUUUACCCUCAAGUGGGAACCUCCUGUGGCCAGGAUGGUAAUUCGAUGGAAGUGUCACAAGGUUCUUUACAGGAUCGACUCCAAGAGGUGCCCUCAGGACUGACACACAUUGUGUCCAUGGGAAAAUGUCCAAGUCAAGAGAACAAGUGUGCACCCAAGGAGAUUCGAACCAGUA